AUGGCAGCUGCUACCCAGUCAGCCAAUCUGAAGGUGUGCUUCCUCAGCGGGAGCGAGUCGAAGCUGGGCUCUUCCUUCACCCAAACUGCCUCUUUCGCACCUAAGACUGGCGUCAGCUCUACCCCUCGCAAGCUGACCGUCAGGGCCGCUCGUGAGAAGUUUGAGAGGACGAAGCCCCACGUUAACAUUGGCACCAUUGGACACGUCGAUCACGGCAAGACCACCCUGACAGCAGCCAUCACAACAGCUCUUGCCUCCGUCACUGGUGGCCAGGCUAAGAGGUACGAUGAGAUUGACGCUGCUCCCGAGGAGAGGGCUCGUGGUAUCACAAUCAACACUGCUCACGUCGAGUAUGAGACCGAGGCCAGGCAUUACGCUCACGUCGACUGCCCCGGCCACGCCGAUUACGUCAAGAACAUGAUUACUGGUGCCGCUCAGAUGGACGGAGCCAUUCUCGUCGUGUCCGGUGCUGAUGGUCCCAUGCCUCAGACCAAAGAGCACAUUCUUCUGGCCAAGCAGGUCGGCGUGCCCGCCAUGGUGGUGUUCAUGAACAAGGAGGAUCAGGUCGAUGAUGCUGAGCUCCUCGAGCUGGUCGAGAUGGAGGUUCGUGAGACUCUUUCCAACUAUGAGUUCCCCGGUGACGACAUUCCCAUCACCGCUGGCUCCGCUCUCAUGGCACUCGAGCACCUCACCGCCAACCCUGGCACCAAGCGCGGCGACAACCCCUGGGUGGACAAGAUUCUGACGCUCAUGGACACUGUCGAUGAGUACAUCCCCAUCCCCGAGCGCGCUGUCGACAAGCCGUUCCUCAUGGCUGUUGAGGACGUGUUCUCCAUCACUGGUCGUGGUACCGUCGCCACCGGCAGGGUGGAGCGUGGCAUUGUGAAGGUCGGUGACACGGUCGAGCUGAUUGGUCUGAAGGAAAUGAGGACCUUGACCGUGACUGGUCUGGAGAUGUUCCAGAAGAUCCUUGACGAGGCCAUGGCCGGCGAUAACUGCGGCAUGCUUCUCCGUGGUAUCCAGAAGACGGAAAUCCAGCGAGGGAUGGUGCUGGCCAAGCCUGGUUCCAUCAAGCCCCACAACUCGUUCGAGGCCUCCGUGUACAUCCUGAAGAAGGAGGAGGGUGGCAGGCACUCGCCCUUCUUCGUCGGCUACAAGCCCCAAUUCUACAUGCGCACAACUGAUGUCACUGGAUCCGUCACGAAGGUGCUGAGCGACAAGGGUGAGGAGACGAAGAUGGUUAUGCCCGGCGACAGAGUGAAGAUGGUUGUGGAUCUGCUUGUGCCCGUCGCUAUUGAGAAGCAAAUGCGCUUCGCCAUCCGUGAGGGAGGUCGCACUGUGGGCGCUGGUGUUGUGUCCGAGAUCCUUAACUAG